GAUUUUAAACCUGGAACCUGCUGUGUUAACUUGUCAAACAAUUACAGCAGGCAAACUUCUCUACGUUUGCCUAUAUGUUAUGGUAUCGCGAAAAAUUGCUUCGCAUUUUCGUCUAGAAGUGGCCUGUCAGUUUGAUCGUUUACCCCGUCAUCUGUCAGAAUAUUUUUCAUGAUGUCGAAUCUUCUUUUCUUAUAUGGCACAGUCAAGUCGGGUCAGCCAAAUCAUUCGGCUAUCCCAGUAGAUGGUCCAGGACUAUGUAAAUGUCUGGGGACGGGACGGACCGAAACAAAAUGGCCGUUAGUGAUCGCAACAAAAUACAACCUUCCCUUUCUGUUGGACUGCGAAGGAGAAGGAUACAACGUCCAAGGUGAGGUGUACGAGAUAGAUGACGAUAUCCUUGCUGACAUCGACAAAAAGGAAGAUCAAUAUGAUCGUCGGAAGGUCAAGAUCGUCAUGGACAAAAUGGCGGAUGGCUCCGAGCCGACGACCUUGGAAUGCUGGUUCUACCUGUUACCAAGAUUCAGGCAGUCGUUACUGGCACUUGAGAAACAUGAGAAUUACGACAGUUAUGGCGCCCACGGCCAGCAGUACAUCCAGAUGUACGAUCUCGAGAACAGUAGAUGGUUAGAACCCAUGGAAACUGUACAUAAAGAAUUUGCCCUACUAAAAAGGGAAGAUGAAAAACUCACCUAAUAACAGUGGACUCACUAUUGAUUAGUCGUUCUCGGCAGUAUGAAUUUAUAAACGGAUAUGUUAGGAUCUGUCAGGCGGGAAAUUCAAAUCUUUGAAGAAUGUGUCAUGUACAGUCAAGUCCUCUGACAUAUUAAUUGCUUUGUGAAAUAAUCUUCUAGUCGGGUCAAUGUAAAACCAAAAAUACCCCUUCUCCCAAAAUAUUGCAAAAAAUGUUUUUCAACGGUUUCUUGUACUAUUUUGAGGUCAGGAAUUACGUAAUAAAAUCUAUCGAAAUCCACAUCCGGAAAGCGGUUAUUUUCAAGAUGGCGUCCAAGAUGGCCGCUAUUCACUGAAAAUAGACAUAGCUCACUUAUCAUCUACCCUUUACAUCCUGUUUUGGUGCAUAUUCCACGGUAUGGGAGGGGGGUAAAAGAUCAGUUGAUACAGGUCAGAGUGAACAUAAGCAGUCGAGUGUACUUAGAAAUCCAAGAUGGCGUCCAAAAUGGCUGCCUAAAAAUCCAAAGUUCAUCUUUUACUUACUUUCGUGUCUUUAAUUUGGUUUAUGUGCAAUGGCUUUAAGGGUCACGAAGUACAUUAGGACAAGUUACAAGGACAGUCUGUGGUCCGGUAUGUCCAGAAUUCCAAAAUGGCUAAAAUGGUGAAUAAAAUGGCUGCUGAUACUUAAAACUGACAUAGUUCAUAUCAUAUCCGCAUUGGAGAUAUGAUUUGGUGUUUACAUUAUGGUUUCAACUUCCAAGUAUUACACUGGGGCAAGGUAGGGCAGUCAGUGGUCUAGUAUGUCAAAAAAUCAAAGAUGGCUUCAAAAAUGGAGUCUAAAACACGCAAAAUUACUGGUUAAAAAUGGUCAUAGUUCAUACAAUAUCCGCGGUUGAACUCCAUGUAAAGCACACAAAAAGUAUACUUCCUUCCACUAUAUAUAUAUCAACUGAGAGAAGAAUGACAAAGGCAGUCGAAUGUCUUUUCAAAGUUUCACUGAGUCCAGUGGCGUAUCGUUGGUAAAACGGCAUUGAAAGGGGAAGGGGCAAAUAAAAAAUGUAAGUCCCUUUAUAUUGAGCGCGCGAAGCGGACUCGAUUACCAAGUGUGAUUAUGUCGAAGAGUGGCAAUUUUCCUCUCCUAGUCUUUGACCUUCCAUUAGCAUUAUCAGUCCUUAUGACUGAAGUUGAGUUCUUUAAGUUAAGUUUUUAAGUUAUUCGUUAGGCCUAUAUUAACUUGUAAUGAAAAUUAACUAGUUAACACCAUUACAAAAUCUAAUUUCCAAUCACUUUUCCAUGUUCUUAUGGACAUUUUGAGUUAUCUCAUAGUUCAUAUAUUAAACGAAUGACAGAAGUUAUCUGACCUACCACUUUGAUAAUCCCAAUGAUCUAUGUCAUUUUCUAUAGUUAGAGUGUUUUAUCAAACUCUCAUCUUUUCCUUCUUUCCAACCUUACUAACCGUCCACUUAUCCCCUCUCAGUCUAUCUGUCUCCCACUCUCCCUUCUUGAAAUGUUGUAGAUUCUUCCCUUUUCAUAAUUCUUGUUUUGUAAUAUGCGAAAUAACUAAUUUUAAAUCUGAAGCUGUAAAUACAAUAUGCUUGAUACGUUCUCUCAAAUCAUGAAAAUAAUUUACCCUAUAUUUUAAUGUUUGUACCUCCUUCAUAUCAUAUUUGUUUUCAUUCCCCAAACUCCACUCCUCUUUUCCCCUCCCCCCCCCAUUUUUUUCUCUCUCUAUAUAUAUAUAUAUAUAUAUUUCUCUUUGUCUUUCCCUCUCUGUCCUAUCUCGUAUUCCUGUUCUAUCUCGUUACUCCCCUGUUCACUUCUGCUAAAUUAUCCUGUUCUAGACAGUACUCUCAUUACCUGGUUUCGUAUCUUUAAUUGGUGAAUACCUUAACAGUAUUUUUUAUAUAAUGUUAUUCAGCAAGCGUUAUAAUUUAUUUUACUUAUGGAAAAAUGUAAUGUGUUGUUCUACCUCAAUUUAUAUUGUUUGCAUAUAAUUUACAUUUGCAAAUGUCAUUGUUAUUAUAUAUGACAAUUUUACUUUGUUCUGUUUAAAAUGAAUUGAAAAUAAACAGUUUUGAAUUAUAGGAUUGCUUAUCGUAUCUAAAUUCAUGUAGUUGUUUCUGCAAGAUUCUGCUGCGAAUAGAUUUUCCAGUAAAUAAUAAUUAAUUACAAGCUGAUAUUUUUUUAUAUGCUUGCCUGGAAAUAGGUUAUAUGAGGCACUUUUAUUGUAAACAUGAAAACGAUGAUAUUUUACUC